UAUUUUAGAUUAAAAUAAUACAGCAAAAAUAUUAAAUAGAUAAAAUCAUAAAAUUCAAUAAUAAAGACUCCGGUAUUUUCGUACAGAGUGAAGAGCCGGUGUUCAAAGAGAACAAGACUUUUUGUAUGUUAACUGAAAUACCUGCCACUGCUCUUCAAGCAUUGCAAGCAUUCAAAUUUCUCCUUCAUGAAUGUCGCUCUCUAUCUCAAACUUGUCAAAUCUCAAUACCCAACUCUCUUCAAAAUAUCUCCCUACACCACCACCGCUAUCAAGACCUCCUUAACCGAACAAUGUCUUGCGCAUCCACCGCUCUCCUCACUUUGGUGUGGUUCCCUGUUGCAAUCGCUCACCAAUUCGAAAUUCCUCAAUCAAGGCAAUCAACUCCAUGCCCACAUUACCGUUUGUGGAACUCUCUGCCAGAAUACAUACCUCAGCACCAAACUUGCUGCCUUCUAUGCUGGCUGCGGUCAAAUGGAUGCAGCUCAGGUAAUCUUUGAUGGGAUUUUGUUGAAGAAUUCGUUCUUGUGGAAUUUUAUGAUUAGAGGCUAUGCUUGUAAUGCGGUCCCUUUAAUGUCUAUUGUCUUAUCUCGGAAGAUGUUGUAUUUUGGACGAAAGGCGGAUAAUUUUACAUACCCUUUUGUUCUUAAGGCGUGUGGUGAUUCUUUGGUUGUAGAAAUUGGGAGGAAAGUUCAUGGUGAGAUAGUGGUUGCUGGGUUUGAGUCGGAUAUAUAUGUGUGUAAUUCGCUUCUGGCGAUGUACUCCAAGUUUGGGGACAUGGGUUCAGCAAGGAAAGUGUUUGAUAAAAUGCUUGAGAGGGAUUUGACGUCUUGGAAUACAAUGAUAUUGGGUUAUGUUAAAGUUGGUAACCCACAAGAGGCUUUGGCCAUUUUCGGGAUCAUGGCCAAAUCUGUACUACCAGCAGAUGGCACGACUUUGCUUGGCCUAAUCUCUGCUUGUGCUAAACUAGCUGCACGGAAGCAAGGGAAAUCAAUUCACGGUUUUGUUGUUACAAAUAGUCCUGCACUUUGUAAUGAGUAUUUAAUAAACUCUCUUAUUGACAUGUAUUGUCACUGUAAUUCCAUUAUUGAUGCAAGAAGAUUAUUUGAAGAGGCAACAUUUAAAGAUUCUGUGUCAUGGAACUCAAUGAUUUCCGGCUAUGCACGGAAUGGAGAUGCUUUUGAAAGCCUAAGACUUUUCUGUCGCAUGGUUAUCGAAGGAGCAGAGACUGAUCAGGUAACCUUCACAGCUGUCCUUGGGGCUUGUGAUCGGAUCACAGCCUUACAAUUUGGCAUGUCAGUUCACUCAUGUCUUAUUAAGAAAGGGUUUGGCGCAAACACUAUUGUAGGAACUGCACUUAUCGACAUGUAUGCAAAAUGCGGAUGUUUGGCUUGCUCGUGUUUUGUCUUCGACAAAUUGCCGGAGAAAAAUUUGGUUUCUUGGAGCUCUAUGAUUUCAGGAUAUGGGAUUCAUGGGAUGGGGAGAGAGGCUAUUUCCUGUUUUGAUGAAAUGCUUACAAACAAUAUUCUUCCAGAUGACAGUGUUCUUACUUCGGUUUUGUCAGCUUGUAGCCAUGCAGGGUUAGUGGCUGAGGGGAAAGAAAUUUUCCGCAGAAUGACAAAGGAUUACGAUGUGAAGCCCACAGUUGCUCAUUAUUCAUGUUUGGUGGAUAUGCUUGGUCGUGCGGGUCACUUAGAUGAAGCAUACGAGCUCAUCGAGACCAUGGAAAUUAAACCCACUAGUGAUGUUUGGGCUGCACUUCUUAAUGCUUGCUGGUUGCAUCGGAAUGCCAAGCUUGGAGAGAUUUCUGCUCAGAAACUUUUUGAUAUGAGCUCUAAUGAGGUGACUAGCUACAUUUGCCUUUCUAAUAUUUAUGCUGCCGAGAGAAGAUGGGAUGAUACAGAGAGGGUGAGAGCAAUAGCGAAAGGGAAGGGUUUAAGAAAAACCCCUGGAUGCAGCUUUGUGGAGUUAAAUAAAGCAGUUCACACUUUCUUAGUUGGAGAUAGAAUACAUCCUCAGGCGAAGAAGAUAUAUGCAAAGUUGGAGGAUUUGAAUCAGCGACUCAAGGAAGCUGGGUAUAUACCUGAUACAAGUUCAGUGCUUCAUAAUGUUGAAGAGGAGAUAAAAGAGAAGAUGCUUUGGGAUCACAGUGAAAGAUUGGCCAUUGCUUUUGCUCUUAUCAACACAGCUCCAGGAACCAUUAUUAGGAUCACUAAGAACCUUCGAGUAUGCAGGGAUUGUCACACAGUAACUAAAUUCAUUUCAAAGGUCAUGCAUAGAGAAAUUAUAAUGCGGGAUAUUCGUAGAUUUCACCAUUUUAAAGAUGGAGUAUGCUCUUGUGGUGAUUAUUGGUGAGUGAAUAUUCACCUAAUUAUAAUUGUACAUUUGAACCAUAAAGGGAAAAUGCAGAUUCUUUUAUUCGAAAACCAGAUAUUUGGAGUAGUUCUGAAAUCUCUCUGGGGACAUUUUAUUAGUACAAGCUUCCAGUUACUUAAACUUGAUUAUUUGAAUUUUCUUAAUUUUUAUCCAUCAAAUUAUGUUCUCUUCAAAGUAGAAGUGAUCUUGCUUAUGAUGUUGGCUAUGAGGCAACGGGGUCCUCUAGCAAUGGGGUCAACACACAUCUCUGUUUCUUUAUCCCAUGGGAAUGGUGUCAUUGGCUUUGUUGCUUCCAGAAGAUCUUCAAUUGGAAUCUAUGGUUUGGACAGUUGUUGUGAAUGUGGUUUAUGACUGUACUUGCCGGAGUCUGGACAGUAAUCCUGAAAAACAUUAUUGAAAAUCAAUAAGCGAACGUAUGUCACCCCAUUCUCAAGACAAGUGAAAUUCAAGAUUGCAAGUUCCUUGACAACAUCUUUGCAAUGGGUCUAUAGCCAUCUCUGUCUUUCAAGUUAUAAUAUCCUGCAGUAAUCUCUGCAGCAGGACUAUCAGCUUUGUACGACCAAUGUAUUCCGGCUACCUAUCAUGAGAAGAAAUUGUGAACAAAGAUACAUGUAGAACUGCUUUUUAUUUGGAGUUAAUGGUGUAGCUUAUACUUUUGCGGCCAACUUCACUUUGCGGCCCAAGAAAGUUUGCUGGCUUUAUCUUGGAUCUGAUCUCCAUGACUCGGUAACUUGUUGGAAUACCAAGUCAAGAAGAACUUCCCCCUUUCGGCAAG